AUGGGCCAGUGGCAGAGCCAGCCCGUGUGCACCUCGGCUGCCUGCGUCCAGGCGGCCGCCCAUGUGCUCCAGGGUCUCGCCCCAAACUAUGCGCAGAUGGACCCCUGCACCGACUUUGACCAGAUGGUGUGCUACGGUACCUUCGAGCACAGCGGUGAUAACGGAGGCACCGUCUGGGAUCUCCGUGACCGGACUGAGCGCAUCCUGAGGAAGAUCCACGAAAGCUCCAGCCAUGCCGAAGCGAUAGGUUUCAGAUCCACCAUGCUCACGGCUCGCGACAGCGCCGACGAAUACAACUUCGACAUGCUGCGGACCGCCUACCAAGCCUGCAUGGACACCGAGGCCAUCGUCGCCGCCGGCAUCACGCCUUUGACCGACCUCAUCGCCUCCGUCAACAACUACUGGCCCCUCUCGCCCUCUGACCUCAAGACAACCCUUAGCACGGACGACCUCGAUGGCUUUCACCAAGCCACUCUCCUCGUCGAGCAGCUGGGGGUCAAGGUCUUCCACGACCACUGCAAUUACGAGAGCCCCGUCAUGGCUGACUUUCUGAACUCGAGGAGCAAUCGCAUCUGCUGGUCGACCCCGGAGGUCUACUUUGGGCAAAAUCUCACGGCCUACUCGGACCCGGAGGCCAUGGAGCACUAUUCGCGCACCCUCGCCAACGUCUUCCACAUGACCUACCCCAACUUGGACGACGGAGCCGCGGCGGCCAUGGCAGAAGCAGUCAUCUCGUUUGAGAUCGACAUGGUCAACCUGGCCCAGCCGUAUCUCCAACAAUCUGGAGAUUUCUUUGUGAGUCAUGAACUUACCGCCAACGUGUCUGUUGCCAAGCUCGCCAACGCAGCGCCCGCCCUCGGCUUCGACAAGUUACUCGCCGGUCUCAUGCCCUCGGGCGAGGCACCAUCGACGAUCCUGAUGCUCGUGCCGGACUUCUGGCCCCAGCUCUCCGACGUCUUAGCGAACCAUUCCAAGGCUGCGCUGCAUGGCUUCCUUGUGUGGAAGACGAUCAACGCGCUCGCCGAGCAUGUCUAUGACGAGACACUCUGGACCCUGCUGGGCCUAACCCCCAGCGAAAACCGAUGGGAAGAAUGCGUCGCGGCGUCGGACCGCUUGAUCCGACACAUCAAAGACCGCUAUUUCAUCUCGGCCGCGUAUCCGGACCUCACGAUGCAGGCCGCCGACAAGAUGACGACCAACAUCCUCGCCCAGUUCAAGAAGCGCAUCAACGAGCUCGACUGGAUGAGCGAGGACGCCAAGAAGCGCGCCAUCGUCAAGGCCGAGCGGCUUGUGCAGAACAUCGGCUACCCCAAGGCCAACCCGGACCUGCGCUCGGCCGAGUCGGUCGCCUCGUACUACGAGGGCCUCAACUUCACGGCCGACCAUUUCGCCAACAACCUCAACGCCCUCCGCUUCAACCUGGCCAAGCAGUACGCCGAGGCCAACGGCGCGCCGAACCGCAACAACGUCGGCAACGCCGCCGAAGUCAACGCCUUCUACGACCCGACCACCAACAGCAUAAGCAUCCCCGCCGGCUACUCUCAGCUGCCCAUCUUCCACUACCUCCUGCCCGAGUACGCCCUCUACGGCGGGCUGGGCGUCGUCAUCGGGCACGAGAUCACGCACGGCUUCGACAACGACGGCCGGCUGUGGAGCGAGGACGCCGAGCGCGAAGCCUGGUGGGACAACGCGACCAUCGCGGCCUUUGAGUCGCGCGCGCAGUGCUUCGUCGACCAAUUCAACGCCUUCGACGUCGCCGUCCCCGGCGGUAGACAGCCCGUCGACGGCCUCCUGACCCUGGGCGAGAACCUGUCGGACGCCGGCGGCAUCCGCGCCGCGUACCACGCCUGGCUCGAGGAGCGCAAGUCGAUGCCCGACGUCUGGGACCAGAAACUGCCCGGGCUCGAGCACUUCACGUCCGAGCAGAUGUUUUUUGUCAUUCAUGGCAGCAUGUGGUGCGACGCCAAGACGCCCGCCAAGAUGGCGCACAUCAUGUCGUAUGAUAACCAUGCGCCGAACCUGGUGCGCAUCAAGGGCAUGACGCAGAACUCGAGGGAGUUUAGGGAGGCCUUCAAGUGCCCGAACCCGGAGCCCACGUGCGAGUUGUUCUAG